GCUGUGGCUCACUUUAUCUCCUUGGUGGCAUGUAGAGAGAGAUCCCGCUUUUUUCUCCUUCAGUGGCAUAAAUAAUAUCCUCAGAGAGAGAGAGCAUAUCAGAAGGCAUGCAGGAAGAGGAAAGGGAGAAAGAUAGCAGCCAGUGUGACAGUUGAGAGCGUGACAGAACUUGUCUUCCUGCACCGUGGGCUGAGGGGGAAAAGGAACAAGUGCACCAGAGUGGCAGGCAGCUGCCAGCAGCACAAAAACAGUCACACACUGAAACAGACAGACCCCCGAGCUUCACUGCACCAGAGGAAGUUGAGAGAGAGGACUGACCUCCAGCAGGUGGGUUAGCAGAAGUUUUAUCUGUGGAUUCACCCCAAUAUUAUGGCUUUCCUCAGACCGAGCCUUGUUGUCCUGUAGAGGACUUGUGUGCUUUCCUUUCAGAAGAAGUUUUCUUGCGAGCAAAGAUGGAGAAGCUGUCAGGGAAAGACAAGGAGCUGAUACGAGGCAGCUGGGAGAGCCUGGGCAAAAACAAAGUUCCACACGGGGUGAUCAUGUUCUCCAGACUGUUUGAGCUGGACCCCGAACUCCUAAAUCUUUUCAACUAUAGCACAAACUGUGGCUCCACACAAGACUGCCUUUCCAGCCCGGAGUUCCUUGAUCAUGUCACCAAGGUCAUGCUUGUGAUUGAUGCGGCUGUCAACCACCUGGAUGAUCUCCACUCCUUGGAGGACUUUCUGCUCAACCUUGGGAGGAAGCAUCAAGCAGUGGGAGUCAGCACGCAGUCGUUCGCUGUGGUGGGCGAGUCUCUUCUGUACAUGCUCCAGUGCAGUCUGGGUCAGGCCUACACCGCAGCGCUGAGUCAAGCCUGGCUCAACAUGUACAGCAUCGUGGUGGCUGCAAUGAGCCGAGGGUGGGCCAAGAACGGCGAGGACAAGGCCGACUGAGGCACCGAGCAGUGUGCUGUCAGUGAUCAGCAUGGUUGCCAUGGAAUAAGGUUGUGUAACUGUGCAGCAUCAGCUUGGCUGCUGUACAUCUGCUCUGUGACUGGGGGUUGUAUAGCAUAGCAAAUGUGUGGUGUAGGUACACUUCUAACUGAGACGGAUCUAUAGCAGAGCUUGUUUGCUGUGGAUGUUUAGCUAGCAGGGAACGCUGUUGUACAGCUGUAAACCAGUUUGGUUGAGCAAAACGUAGGAAUUAUUCUCAGAUCAAUCUGUAAAUAACAGCAAUCUACUGAAAUGAUAGCAGUGACUUUAGUGGUCUUUGUGAUGUAUCUUGGAGUCACACACUCGUGAAACACGACAUAUUAUGUUUAGGCAUCACACUACUCUAACUGUGACUGUUACUGUGGUCAACAAAGGCAGCUCUUUAUCUAACUGGAACACAAUGUUACUAAAAACCAUGUGGGGACAAUGCAAUGUGAAGGAGAAAAUCCAACCACUGUUAUCACUGUUAUCAUGGUCGUACCUUUUUUUAUGCCGCACUUAGCAUUUUCUUUUGUCUUACUUUACUAUUAUAAUCUUUUUGCUACAAUCAAGUUGAUUUAUUGUUAUAUAAUAGCUAUUGACAUGAACUGUUAAACACUCUCUUAUAGCUUUCUCCAGUAACUGUUAAGGUGUCCAUACACACCUUCAUACAUGUGGUGUUCAAAGCUCUUCUCACUCAAGGUUGUCAGUAGGCAUUUAAUGACUGUUAAAUAAACACAAAUGAAUAGACUGUUAUGUGACCUUUAGCCGUAAAAAGCAUAUUGAUGGGUUCUGUCUUUGUUCUUGGCCAACAACAUUUAUUGUCAGUGUAAAGUGGUUUCGUUGUGCGGUGGCUGUUUAUCUUACAAAUGUUUAUGAACUGUAUUUUUGUGACUCAACCAUACAACUUAAGCAUUAUUCGAGAGGUAAACACAGAAUUUGGGUGUUUAUCACAGCUCAUAUAACCUUGCUAAGUAACUUUACAACAGUGUGCCAAGUAUUAGGUGACACCAUUGAACUGUAAGCUGCUGACAUUUGGUUAUUACGGCUUUUAGCUUAUAUAAAUUAUUUUAAUAUUAUUUUUUGUGUAGUAUGUUUUGCCAAAUGUCAUAUCUUCAUAAAAAUGGUCACUAAGACAACAGAAAAUGUUUUUUAUGAUCAGAACAAUACAUUUAAAAGUGCAUUUCUUACACAAAAAACAUGUUUAACGUAUGUGUUCAGCCCACAGGUGUCUUGUUUGUUUGCUGGCCAUGUUGUAUUUACAGUAAUUCUUUUAUGAGGCUCAGUUUUCAGCCCUAUGCAGGUUUCUGUUACUUCCUGUUUUUUUUAAGCUUUUAUUUUGUAAUCAUGCUAACAGAUAAGCGAUUUCUUUAUAUUUUAGCAUCCAGAUAUGUACAUAUUGGGUGUGUCACUGUCUACCUCAUCAAGAUCAGCUGCUAAAACAGUGAUAUAGUCACCUAUUUCUCCUUCAACCAAAAA